UGACAUGUACCCUAAUAUAAACCUCGGGGCAGGAGGUUGCUUGAACUGUAAUGGCUAAACAACAACUACCGAUACUACAGUUCGAAGACAAAAUUAAACAAACCGUCGAAAACAACCCCGUUGUUGUCAUCAUCGGAGAAACUGGUUCCGGCAAGUCCACUCAACUUUCUCAAAUUCUUCACCGCUCUGGCUAUUCUAAUUCCGGUCUCAUCGCCGUCACUCAGCCCCGCCGUGUCGCCGCCGUCACCGUCUCUAGACGGGUUUCGGAGGAGCUUGGUGUUAGGCUAGGGGAGGAAGUUGGUUACUCUAUCCGCUUCGAGGAUCGGACUUCUGAGAAAACUCGUAUUAAAUACCUUACUGAUGGAGUUCUUCUGCGAGAAAGUCUUUCAGACCCUGAACUGAAGCAAUAUUCAGUUAUCAUCCUGGAUGAAGCUCAUGAGAGAAGUCUAAACACGGAUAUAUUGCUAGGGCUUAUGAAAAGAUUGAUCAAGCUACGAGCUUCCAACUUGAAGGUCUUAAUUACCUCAGCUACCCUUGAUGGGGAAAAAGUAUCAAAGUUCUUCUGUGAUUGCCCCAUCCUGAAUGUUCCAGGGAAAUUAUUUCCUGUGGAAAUUCUAUACAGUUCAGAGCGUCCCAAAAGCUAUCUCGAGUCUUGUCUGAAAGUAGCUAUUGAUAUACACGUUCGGGAGCCUGAAGGCGAUAUCUUGAUAUUCAUGACCGGGCAGGAUGACAUAGAGAAGUUAGUGUCGAAGCUGGAGGAGAAAAUCAUGAGUCUAGAGGAAGGAUCAUGCAUGGAUGCUAUAGUUUUACCUCUUCAUGGAUCUUUGCCACCUGAGCUUCAGAUACGUGUAUUUAGUCCUCCACCUCCAAACUGCAGGAGAUUCAUUGUUGCUACAAACAUAGCUGAAACUUCAUUGACGGUUGACGGUGUCGUGUAUGUUGUUGAUUCUGGAUAUGUGAAGCAACGCCAUUACAUUCCAUCAACCGGCAUGUACUCCCUUGAUGUUGUUCAAAUUAGCAGGGUGCAAGCUGAUCAGCGUGCAGGACGAGCUGGUCGAACACGUCCUGGGAAGUGCUACCGUUUAUAUCCAUCUAUAAUCUAUAAUGAGGAAUUUCUAGAGGCAACAAUUCCUGAAAUACAGAGGUCUUCUCUAGCUGGCAGUGUUCUUUAUUUGAAGUCAUUGGAUCUUCCUGAUAUUGAUAUACUUAAAUUUAAUUUUCUUGAUCCCCCUUCAUCUGAAUCGUUAGAAGAUGCUCUUAAGCAAUUAUACCUCAUUGAUGCUAUAGAUGAUAAUGGGUCCAUUACUAAAAUAGGUCAUACCAUGGCAGAACUUCCAUUGGAACCUUCACUUUCACGGACCUUAAUUGAGGCAAAUAAGUAUGGUUGCUUAUCUCAAGCUUUAACUGUUGCUGCCAUGUUGUCUGCAGAAACAACAUUGCUUCCUGGACGAAGCAAAAGCAAUGAUAAGAAGAGAAAGCAGCCACUUCCAGACCUUCCUGAUGGUUCUGGAUGGGGUGAUCACAUCCAGUUGCUAGAAAUCUUUGAGCAGUGGGAUCAGACUGAUUAUGCUGUAGAUUGGUGCAAAGACAACGGUUUACAGGUGCGGGGGAUGAAGUUUGUCAAAGAUGUUCGGAAACAGCUGUGUCAAAUAAUGCAGAAAAUUGCAAAAGGACCUUUAGAUGUAAUAAGAAGUAAGAGAUGGAAAGAUAGUCAAGAGGAUUAUAAAGACCUAAGAAAGGCUUUGUGUGUUGGUUAUGCGGGUCAGCUUGCUGAGCGAAUGCUUCGGCACAAUGGUUACCGAACCAUUGGCUUCAAGUCACAACUGGUUCAGGUACAUCCAUCAUCUGUGUUGAGGACAGAUGACGAGGGACUGCUCCCUAAUUAUGUUGUAUACCAUGAACUUAUAGCCACUUCAAGACCGUUUAUGCGUAAUGUGUGUGCAAUCGAGAUGAAGUGGGCAUCUUCCAUCAUGAAGAAGCUCGAAAAAAUGAACAUUCCCAAACUCAGUGGCGGUACUGGUGAACCUGAGGAAGCAACUGAAGGAAGCAACUCAAACUUUCCCAAACAAGAGAUUUCUGCCGGGGCUCCUGAUGACCGUGACAAUAGAAUACAAGCGGCCCGGGAUCGUUUUUUAGCACGGAAAUCAAAUAAAUAGGCGUACUGAGAAAUCGGACUGACAAUUUCUAACAGGCAACUUAGCAAUACCAUUGAUUGGUGAGGGUUCCAUUUAGGAUAAUUAUCAAGUGAAAUUUUGUUGAUUUCGCUUGGAACCAUUGCAAAAGUACAGGAUGUAUAAUUUUGGCACAGCAGAAGUGAGAUGUUUGCAAUCUGUUUAUCAUAGACGACAUGAAUAACUGAGAUUAGAAAGAAGUUUGACGAAUAUGUUGUUGUAAAGAAAGUGCUUGUUUAUUUUGCAAGGGAAUCACGGCUCCAUCUAUAGCUAUUUAAGCUCCAA